CGGGGCCGCCAGAGGCCGCUCCCCCUCCCUCGCCCUUUAACAGUGGGAGGGACGGAGCGAGAGAGAGCUAGUUGGUUGGUAGCAAAGACCCACCAUGGCAGCAGCGGCGGGAGCAGCAGCAGAAUAUCCUCCGUUCGUGCUGGGCAGGGCGCGCUACGACCAGUCUACUUUUCAUGGGCGAUUCAGACAUUUCCUGGACAUCAUUGAUCCUCGAACUCUCUUUGUCACCGAGCAUCGCCUCAAAGCAGCAGUGCAGCUUCUAGAAGACUUCAAAUAUGGCAGCCUUCCCUCCGGCGUCUCCAACCAACAGCUUUGGGAGGCACAAAAAAUCAAACAGGCGGUUUUGCACCCAGACACCAACGAGAAGAUUCUGAUGCCAUUCAGAAUGUCAGGUUAUAUUCCCUUUGGGACCCCAAUUGUGAUUGGACUUCUCCUCCCCCAGCAGACAUUGGCAACUACGGUUUUCUGGCAGUGGUUGAACCAGAGCCACAAUGCCUGUGUGAAUUAUGCAAAUAGGAAUGCAACAAAGCCGACUGGGAUGUCGAAGUUCCUCCUGGGCUACAGCGGAGCAGUUGCCAGUGCCGUCUCAUUAGCUGUGGGUUUGAAUGUAUUCAUCAAGAAAGCCAGCAGGUUCAACCCAGCCACACGCUCACUGAUCCAACGGUUUGUGCCAUUCCCGGCUGUAGCGGCUGCCAAUGUCAGUAACGUGGUGCUGAUGAGACACGGUGAGCUGGAAGAAGGGAUCUCAGUGAUGGACGAGGAUGGGAACGCCAUUGGAUUUUCCAAGAUUGCUGCCAGACAUGCGCUGAUGGAGACGGCCUUAACACGAGUCGUGCUCCCCGUCCCGAUCCUUGUGCUGCCACCCAUUAUCAUGUCCUUCUUGGAGAAGACACGGAUGCUUCAAGCCCGCCCGAGACUGACUCUCCCGGUGCACAGCCUCGUGUGCCUGGCUGCCUUUGGAUUUGCACUGCCCCUUGCCAUCAGCCUCUUCCCGCAGAUCUCUGAGAUUGAAACUUCAAAACUGGAGCCCAAGAUCCAGUCAAAAACUCUGGGCAAACGUUCCUUUUUCAAUAAGGGUCUGUGAUGUCUUCAUCUCUCGGGACCGACGAAGAGAAAAUCUACUGAUUAUGGUGUCUGAUUGUUAAUAAUGACAGGGUCUUCCUUGCAUAAUUUGACUAAUUGCUGCUAACUGCAAAUCAACGUUAUAAAAUUCACACUGCAUCGCCAGAGUCUUACUCAUCGAUUCUCCAGCCAGGAACUGUUUUGGUCGGGAAAUCUCCCCUCACUCGGCUGACAGGGUUACUGGUCCCAGGCUGUUAGAUACACAGGCUCGAUAGGGCCAUCCUCACCGUCCUGCUGGUGCUAUUUCUUUCCCGUAGCUCUUUAAGUAACCUCAAUGCUCUUCUGAAGCGUCUGAAGAAGGGUCCAAACCCAAAAUGUAAUCUUCCCAGCUGUUAUCAGGCAACUGAACCAUCCUGCCACAGCCAGAGAGCAGAGCUGAACUACUAUCUACCUCUUUGAUGGGCCUUGGACUAUCCUUGAUCGGACUUUACUGGCUUUACCUUGCACUGAACGUUAUUCCCCUAUCAUGUAUCUCUACACUGUAUAUUGUAAUCAUGUGUUGUCUUUCUGCUAACUGGUUAGCACGCAACACAAGCCUUUCACUGUACCUCGGCACACAUGACAAUAACCUGCACUGAACAACAGAAGGUUCCUGACCCAAAACGUCAUCAAUCUAAUCUAAAGCAGGAUCCCAACACGAAACAUCAUCAGUCUAACCUGAAGAAGGCUUCCCGACCCGAAACAUCAAGUCUAAUCUGAAGAAAGGUCCUGACAUAUAACAUCAUCAUUUAAUCUGAAGAUGGGUCCCGCCCUCAAACAUUGUCUGUCUAAUUUGAAAGGUCCUGACCCGAAGCGGUGUUUGUCUAAUCGGAAGAAGGCUUCUCGACCCGAAACAUCAAGUCUAAUCUGAAGAAGGCUUCCUGACCCGAAGCGCCGCGUGUCCAUUCCCUCCACAGAUGCUGCCUGACCCGCUGAGUUCCCGUGCUUUUGCUGAAGAUUCCAGCAUCUGCAGUCGCUCGUGUCUUCACCGCUCCACUCCCCUGCAAUUUUCUCUGUGAGCUGUUAACGCAGUUCACCUCCUCUCCUCCGCCAAUCUUCAAGCUGGUGGAUUCCAGCCCACAGUGGCUGUGCCCCUUCUCCCCUUUGGUUCCUUUUGCCAAUCAGCAGAGAUUCAGCUCAGUCUGGAUUUGAGAU